GCCUGAUAGCUGGACCGGAGUAUUUGCUCGCCAGUAGCAGUUAUCAAACACUCGCACAACAGCAAUGUCAGCCUCCCUUCUCCGUAGCGUUGUACGCCGAGAGGUGCUUGCUACCCAGACAGUAUGGAGAUGUUCCAGAGUGUACGCCAGCACAGUGCCUACAACAAAGAAUUUCAUAAAUGGAAAAAUGGUGGAAUCCAAAACUGACAAAUGGAUUGAUGUGCAUAACCCAGCUACUAAUGAAGUAGUGACAAAGGUACCAGAGUCAACACAGGAUGAGAUGCAGGAGGCAGUUGCCGUGGCAAAGGAAGCAUUCAAGACCUGGCAGGAUACAACUAUUCUUACUCGGCAGCAAUACAUGUUCAAAUUCCAAAGUAUCAUCAAGGACAACAUAUCAUCACUGGCCAAGAACAUCACUUUAGAACAAGGCAAAACCCUGAUCGAUGCUGAGGGAGAUGUCAUGCGUGGAUUACAGGUGGUAGAGCACUGUUGCAGUAUCCCAUCCCUUCAACUUGGGGAAACCUUGUCUGGUAUUGCCAAAGACAUGGAUACCAUGACCUACCGCAUGCCCCUCGGAGUAGUCGCUGGAAUUACACCAUUCAACUUCCCAGCCAUGAUACCACUCUGGAUGUUCCCCAUGGCCCUUACCUGUGGUAACACAUGUGUCAUGAAGCCAUCAGAGCGUGACCCUGGGGCGUGCAUGAUGUUGGUUGAAAUGGCUAAGGAGGCAGGUGUACCAGACGGUGUAGUUAACGUCAUCCAUGGCAGACAUGACUCGGUAAAUUUCAUCUGUGACCACCCUGAUAUCAAGGCUAUCUCAUUUGUGGGCUCUGAUCAAGCUGGUUCAUACAUUUAUGAGAGGGGAUCCAAAAAUGGUAAAAGAGUCCAGUCCAAUAUGGGUGCUAAAAAUCAUGGUGUGAUUCUGCCUGAUGCCAAUAAGGAAAACACUCUGAACCAGUUGGUUGGAGCAGCGUUUGGUGCUGCAGGACAGAGAUGUAUGGCCCUGUCAACAGCCAUAUUUGUUGGGGAGGCCAAGGAAUGGAUUCCAGAAUUUAUAGAGAAAGCCAAGAAACUCCAAGUCAAUGCAGGUCAUGAACCAAAUGCUGACCUGGGUCCCCUGAUUUCACCUGCGGCUAAGCAACGUGUCCUUGACCUCGUACAGUCUGGGGUAGAUGAGGGUGCUGAAAUCCUACUUGACGGGAGAGACUGUCGGGUGAAGGGCUACGAGAGGGGAAACUUUGUUGGUCCAACCUUGUUACACAAGGUCAAGCCUGAAAUGACAUGCUACAAAGAGGAAAUCUUUGGCCCUGUCCUGGUCAGCAUGGAGGUGGACACAUUAGAUGAUGCUAUUGAUUGUAUCAAUAAUAAUCCUUAUGGAAAUGGUACUGCCAUCUUCACAACCAAUGGAGCAGCAGCACGCAAGUUCACCAUGGAAACUGACGUGGGUCAGGUUGGUGUCAACGUUCCCAUCCCAGUGCCACUGCCUAUGUUCUCCUUCACUGGUUCAAGAGGUUCCUUCAAGGGAGAUAUGAACUUUUACGGAAAAGGGGGUAUCCAAUUCUACACUCAGCUGAAGACUGUCACACAGAUGUGGAGGGCUGACGAUGCCUCCAUCGGACAGAAGCAGACAGCAAUGCCCGUCAUGCGAUAAUAGAGUUGUCGUAAUGAGGAGAAUGUCAGAGUGUAUCAGAUGGUUGGAAGACUUGUCCAGUUGUGAUAAAAAUGUGCCACAUUUUACACCUGUUAUUGCUAAACAUUUACAUCAUUUUUAGAAAUAGAAGCUUGUUAUAUUAUACUCUUUAUCAGUCAUGCGUUAUAGGGUUCCUCAGCUUUUGUAUCUAUGACUUUGAUAGACAUUUACUUGAAUUUGUUUGUCAAAGAAUAAUGUGACUACUUCCUCACUCAAAAUUAACUUUUUGUGUUCCUUCCUUACUGGGAAGUUAUAUUCAUUUAUGAUUUAUACAUUUUUCUGUAGUUUUUGCGAAGUUAUUUUUUAUAAUGAUUGCAAACAUUGCAUGAUUUACAUGAAAAUCAGCCCUGGUUUUCUCAAAAUUUCACAAACACUGGUAUUAAGAUAGUUCAUGAAUCUGCUAUUUCUUACCUUCAGUAGAAAACUCUUUAGAAAUCUCCUUUAACAAUGUUCUUUUUCUUCUGCACAGAAAUGAGUGAUAUUGAGAAUUGCUGAAAAUGUGUGUGUGUCACUUAAUCAGAGUUUCUGUCUCAUUGUCUAGAAUGAUUUCAUGCUGAACAAAAUACAUGUAUAUACAUAAUCCUCUAAUUCAAUAAAAGGGAGCUUCUUACUAGGAAGAAAUUCCUCAGAAAACAGAAAAAGAUUCUGUGUGUGUGCUGUGCUGGCUAGUGUAACUGAUCUCUUAAACGGGAACGUUAUGAGGUAUAUUGUAUAUUUAACCAAAAGAAUGCACGAAAUGUUGACAUGUAUUUUCAAAAUAAACAGUCACAUGCCUUA